AAAUUCAAAAUAUUUUACCUGUUGUUGAACAUAAAAAAGUGUGCUAGACAUAUCUUAGCUAACUGGGCUAAGGAUUGGAGAGGUCUCCAAAGAAGACAAUAGUUUUGGUCUAUUGCAAAGAGAACCUUUGAAUCUCAAUUGAGGAAAUAUAUUGUGAAGAUGAAGUUGCUUGGUCCAGAAAAAAUGAUGGAUGAUCUUAUGUACUACAAGAUAGAGUUCUGGUGUAAGGUUUACUUUAAUACUCAAGUAAAAUGUGAUUCUGUAUAUAACAAUUUGUCUGAGUGCUUUAAUUCAUGGAUCUUGGCACCUAGACACAAGACAAUUAUCACUAUGCUUGAAGAGAUAAGAGUAAAAAUGAUGACCAGAAUAGUCAAGUUGAGAGAGUUCACAAAUACUUGGAUGAGUGAUUUUUCUCCAAUGUGUCUAAUGGUACUACAAGAGAAUAUUUAUAGGUCACUGAAUUGUAAUAUUGAAUUUAAUGGAGUUGAUGGGUUUGAAGUGAGAGAAGGACAAUUUCAACACAGUUUUGAUCUUGGUAGAUAGAUUUGUAGUUGUAGGGUAUGGCAGUUAAAAGGCAUACCAUGUGCACAUGCUGUGGCUGCCAUUUACUUUAAGAAAGGUGAACCCCUUCACUAAAUUGGCAACUGUUAUAGUAAGCCAACUUACUUGAAGACUUAUGCCAAUGUCCUUCAACAUGUCACAAACAUGGAGAUGUGGCCUGAAUCUACUAACCCCACAGUUGCACCACCUGAAAUAAAAAGCAUACCUGGCAGGCCAGGUAAACUUCAAAAGAAAGAAGCUGGUGAAAGUAAAAAAUCUGGAAAGAUACCUAGAACUGGACUUGCCAUGACAUGUAGUAACUGUAAUGUUCGAGGCCACAACAAGAGAGGAUGUCCACAAAGGGUUGAGUCAUCUUCAAGGGAAGAACCAUCAAAUACAGACAAGGGAAAGGGAAAAACUUCAGAUUUAGGCAGACCAAAGAAAGCACAAACAGAAGCUGAGCAUUCUACAAAUAGGUCAAGAGGAAGACCACAUGAAGAACCUAGUGCAUCUCCAGGACCUGCAAAGAGGUCAAGAGAAAGAUCAUCUGCUACAACACCUAGUGCAUCUCUAGGACCUGCAAAGAGGUCAAGAGGAAGGCCACCUUCUGCACCUAGUGCAUCUCCAGGACCUAUUGCAUCUGUUGUACCUAGAAAAGGUGCAAAAGGAAGACCACCUACCACACCUAGUUUACCUAAUGCUUCUGCAACACAUGCAAAGAGUGCAAGAAGAAGACCACCUACAGCACCUAGUGCACCUUCUACAUGUCCAUCCCCUGAUAAUAGUAACAAAGAAGAGGAAGGGGUAGGGGAAACACAACCUCAUACAAAAGGCAAACAAUCAUUGUAAUGGGUGUGUUUCAAGCUGAAGAUGGAUUCAAAGCUCUUAAUCCUGUGAUGUCAAGUUGUAAGAUCUUCUCUACUGGUUCAACAAAGGUGACAAAUCUGCUGAUGUUAGUGGUGAUAUUGGUUACAAACCAAGUACUGCACCCAAGUUGAAAUGGAAUGGAAAAACAACAAUCACAACAAGAAAACUUCAACAAAUGAGAAGGGAACAGAGAAAAUCAAGAGAAAA